AUGGCGACCAGUUUGCACAGCCGACUGGUGGCAGCCAUGCCGCGAGUUCCCACAGAGCUAUUCAAAGCUUUCGACCUGGAUGACAUGGUUCAGAAGAAGGCACGACGGCAGUCCUCGGGCUUGAUCGUUCCGGGUGGUGCCAGGGGCCUCGUCGUGAGAACGUACCGCGGAAUUCUUGACGGAUCUGAAGACGAAGAUCCAGAUUCGAUGAACCCCGAGGCACACGAGGUGCAGGUCGCCUGGGCCGACGGGACGGUGGAGAACAUCGCCAGAGACCAAAUUGAGCUCGUCGAUCGCCCGUUUUACGCGGGCGACUUGGUGGUGGCGCCCGACGGGAAGAGUCUGGGUCUCGUAGUCGAGGUUGAGCAACGCGCAGACGUGCGCCUCGUCUCCGAGGGCAGGAGCGCCUCGCGUCGCUCCAGCGGCUUGGCACCGUCGCCAGAGGGAGACAGUGAGCGCGGCGUCUCCGCCUUCCGCACCCGCGGAUCGGGCGCCCUCCUGCCGAGGAGUGUCUCCGCCGCGGCGCUGCCGCUUGCCGUGGACGCCGAGGCCGAAGGCCCUGUGGAGUGCGUCAAAGACAUCCAGAUCGGCUCGCUGGAGGUCUUUCCCCUGCCAGACGCGCCGCCGCUGCUGCGGCCGCUCCAGGCCUUCGAAGUUGGAACGCCUGUCGUGAAGGACGGGCACCUCGGUGCCGUCGUCAGCUGCAAAGUCGACUACCUGAUUCAGCUCGACUCGGGCCAUGAGUUCACGUUCGAAUACGGAAUGGAGGGUGUGCGCCCCGAGCCCCGGCAAGGCUACCCGAUCGAGACCUAUGGCAUGUAUCCCUCGCAGCGCGUAUACGUCACGGGCGAGUGGCUGCGGGGCUUUCAGCAGCAGCUGCAGGCCCGCCAGCGGCGGAAUCUGCGCGCGCAGAACGAGGAGGAAUCCGCCGGCGCGAGUCGCCUCUGUCGGGGCGUUGUGAAGUCCUUCGCGGUGCGGAGCGUGAAGGUCAACUGGCUGCUGGAGAACAGCGAGUCGUGGGCCUCGGCGCCUCCAGCGCACCCAGUGGCGUCUCAGGCGAGCGAGCACGACUGCUCAGAGUUGCUGCCACUGCAGCAGUUUGUCCUGCGGCUGGGUCAGCCGGUCUACGUCAAUGUGCGCCACGCGCCCGCCUCCGCCUCCACCCCCGCGCAGAACGUCUCCCCGCCCGCCUCCUCGCCUCACGCGAAACCCCGCGCCGCAGGGGCGGAAGCGGCGGCGGCGGUUGCAGGCGGCGCGCCGCCUGCUGCGCCGCUGUACCGCCUAGGGAUGGUCGCCAGCCUCGCGACGAGCUGCUACGUGCUGUGGGGGGACGGCAGUGUCUCCCGCGAGCUGGGGUGUACCUUGACACCGGUUAACGUGGACCGCGUGCCGCUGUCGCAGGCCGAAUACGUCGUCAACCUCGCGAUUCUGCCGCAUAUGUACGUCACGCGCAAGUGGCGGCAAGAAGACCUUGAUCGCGCUGCCCAGGAGGAAGAAGAGGCCGAGCGGCGCGCGCGCGCCGCAGGCCCGCCUUGGUGGAUUGCGCCCUACUUUGGCGGCACUGAGCUCGAUGAGACGACCCGCGUGCCUGAGGAGCUCAAAGCCGUGGAAGUCAUUCGCGCGCUGUCGAAAGUCUGCCGCGAGAUGGGCCUUGCCGACGGCCUCGCCGCCAGCCUCUUCGACCUCGCCCCUGCGCUCGACGACCCCCAACGAGGCCGGCGCGCCGGCACAGGCCGAGAGCGCGACCACGACCGCGACCGCGUCCGUCGGGCGCCGCGGCGCGACCUCGCGGGGCGCGAGAGACAGGCGGGCCCUGGGGCGCGGGCGGCGCGCGAGGGGGACGGCCGCGGGGCCGCGAGCGUCGUCCAGGAGAGCGAGGGCGACGAGGCGGAGGCGUGGGAGGACUGUGGCAGCGAGGAGGACGCGCCGAACGGCGACUCGCAGGGCUACGAGAGCCCAGCGGAGGAGCUUCCCGGCGUGCACGUUUCGCGUCUCCUGGCGUCGACGGCGCAGUCGAUAGGCGGCACCGGGCUCGUGACAGGCGCGAGCGUCCGCGAGGCGGUCACGCAUUUGCAGGAGCUCUUCAAAUGCCUCCACGACGCUGUCGGGCCUGGCAACCUCAGCGUGCCCAUCUACAAGCGCGUGCCCGUCCUCCGCAGCGCGCGGCUGCGCAGCCGCGCGCUGUCGCCCGAGGACGAGGCGCCGGCGCGGCUGCAUGCACUGGUCGGCGGGAUGCUCAAGGGCGAGCUGCGCCGCCGCGAGCUGUUUCAGCUGAUUGAGUUCAUUCGCAUGGCGGGUCCCGGCGGCGCGGGCUCGCAGGGCGGCGUGGGCUCCGCGGGCUCUUGGAGUGACGGGAACGCCCGCGGGCACUUGGACCCCGAGCAGAUUCAAGGCAUCAUCAACUGCGUGAUGGCGCUCCGCGGCGAAGCGGCCGUCGCCUCCUUCCGCACGCUUUCGCGGAACCCAGCCAACGCGCGCUCCGUAGGCAAGGAAGUCGGUGUCGUUGUGCGGGUCGAUCAGACUGCUCAAACCGCUACCGUCGCCUGGCUCAAAGACCCCGAUGCCUUCUUCGAACGCGCGCGGCGCCUUCGCAUGGAGAUCGAGGCGGAGACACGGCAAGAGACGCAGGGCGACGUAGAGGCGCAGAAGCUCCGCGAGGUGAUGGAGAGGCAGCUCGGGCGCUUCGGCAUUGCAGUGUGGGGUGGCGGCCGGCCCCAGUCCUCGAGUCGACUCGCAGGCGGCGCGCUCUACGCCGAAGCCGCAGCUGAAUACGCGCGCGGCGGUUACGAGGACGUGAUUCGCGUGGAGACGGUGCCUGUGCUAGACGUGUGCCCGAUGAGUCGCUUCCUCUUCUUCCCUGGAGACUGCGCGCUGCUUGUGGACCCUGAGAUGAGGAAAACGCAGCGAGGCGAAGACGCGCCCAAAAGCGAGGCUGGCGGCGCGGCGGACGCCGAGGAGGCGGCCGCGGGAUCGCAGAAGAGAGAGGAGGCGGACGUCGGCGGCAAAAAGGUUUACCUCGAAGUCAUUGCGGCUUGCGGGGGGCUGGUCUGGUGUCGCACACUCGACGGCCGCGUCGCGCCGUUUGCGCCGAAUGAGCUCGUGCCGCUAAACACGCGCUGGUGCGACGAAGAGCCUUCCUAUGAACAAUCUUCUGACGAAGGCUCGGAGUACACAGACUCUCAGUCAGAGGGCAGCGAUGAGGAUGACUGGGAUGACGACGAAGGCGACAGCGGCAGCUUCGGCAGCACGAACGUCACUGACCUUUCCGACGCGCCCGACGAAGGCACCAGUCGAUGCAGCAGCCCGGCGCGGUCUACGGAGGCGCCGCAAGAUAUCUAG